UCAGUCUUGAAAUGAUUAGUCGAAGAACUGCAAUUAUACAGUCAAUAGUUUUGAAUGUAGAUUAUCUUGUUGAACAAACUAAUCACAUCAAUGUUAAACUCACCUUGCUCGAUCUAAAGGAAGCCCUACACCUGACUCAUUUCCUCCUGCCCUGACGUAAGGAAGAGAGUUAAGACUGUGUUUAUAUGGAAACCUUUAUCUAUGCAUGAUAUACAGCUCUUCACUGAUUUCCAUAUCCACCUGCAGCUGAAACCGCACAGAUUAUAAACUGGAACUGACAACGUUCGGCAAACCUUAGGAGCAAAGUACAAGAUAUUGUGGAGGAGGCUUUCAAAAGAGGUGAUCAAAUCUCCUGACCUGGACCAAAAUGGGGACAUGUUUUGAAGAGUUGAGAAUAAGGCAGAAGAUCAAGAAGGCACGGCAAUCCAAGAGCAUGUUGGUAGUUGUUGUUUAUAUUGCACUCUUUCUGGACUAUAUUCUGCUGACUGUUGUUGUGCCCAUCAUCCCCAGUUUCCUGUAUGAAAAGCAUCAAGCAGAAUCUAUUGCUGCAACGUCACCAGAGCUGCCAUCCACUCCACCCUCUGUCUUUUCUCAUCCUAACCGCAAGGUAUUUGCUCUCGAGGGGAACACUACGGUGGCUGAGGUUGAGCCCGGAGGUUUUGAAUGGAGCAAUGCAACAGGGGUGACGACUCCUGACAUGCUGGCCGCCCAGUGCCCCAAGAAUGAUUCAUUUCUCGCCGAGGAAAAUGUUCGCUUUGGACUGUUACUGGCUUCCAAAGCCAUUGUGCAGCUGGUGGUGAAUCCAUUUGUUGGGGUACUGACCAACAGAAUCGGAUACAACAUUCCAAUGUUCACGGGCUUGCUGAUAAUGUUUGUGUCCACAAUAAUGUACGCUUUCUCCAACACCUACAUCCAGCUAUUUGUUGCUCGGUCCCUUCAAGGAAUUGGCUCGUCGUGUUCCUCUGUGUCAGGGUUGGGAAUGCUGGCCAGUAAUUACACUGAUGAUGAUGAAAGAGGCAAAGCCAUUGGAAUAGCCCUGGGAGGGGUUGCACUGGGCGUCCUCAUUGGAGCACCUUUUGGAAGCGUGAUGUAUGAAUUUGCAGGGAAGUCAUCUCCUUUCCUGACCUUGGCUGCCUUGACUUUACUCAAUGGAGGUCUCCAACUUUGGAUUCUACAACCCACCAUGCCCACCCCAGAGAGUCAGAAAGGCUCAUCGCUUUUAACCUUGCUGAGAGACCCAUAUAUUCUAAUCGCCACUGGAAGUUUGAUUUUCGCCAACAUGGCGGUGGCCAUGCUAGAACAGGCCCUGCCCCUAUGGAUGAUGAAGACCAUGUGUUCCCCUAAACUACAGCUGGGUCUGGCUUUCUUGCCCUCCACCAUUGCCUACCUGCUGGGCACAAGUCUCUUCGGAGUCCUUGCCAAUAAAAUGGGCAGGUGGCUGUGUUCCCUAAUUGGAAUGGUGGUCUUAGGGAUCAGCAUAAUCUUAGUUCCUUUUGCAACGAGCAUCUUUGUGCUGAUAGCGCCUGGUUUUGGAGCAGGCUUUGCUAUUGGGAUGAUCGAUGCUUCGAUGGUCCCCACGAUGGGUCACCUGGUAGAUAUUCGUCACGUGUCCGUGUAUGGAAGCGUUUUUGCCAUCGCUGAUGUGGCGCUUUGUAUGGGGUUCGCUAUUGGGCCUUCUCUUGGAGGUGCUAUUGUCAAAACGAUCGGAUUCCAAUGGCUGAUGUUCAUCAUCGGGGCCAUCAACAUUUGCUAUUCUCCACUCUGCUUCAUCCUGAGGAACCCGCCCGUCAAUGAAGAGAAAAUGAUGAUUUUGAACCAGGACUAUACAGCCAAUUGUUACACUUCCGAGAGGUUCGGUCAAGAUAUCCCGAUGGCAGGAGGCACUAAAUAAAGUCUGUGCAAUGGUGAUCAGAAAAAGUCUUGUAACCCUAUUCUGCCAAUAAAUUGAAGCCAUCAUUUAGUUCGGUGUCAAAUGACCAGUAUGUGUGACCAAACGCAGCGUGGAGACACUGGGACUGCUGUAUUUGAAACAACAGUGAAACAUCAGAAUGCAUAAGAAGACCACAGGCCGUUCGGUACAACCCUUUCUUCCUCCCCCCUCCCUCCCCAAUCCCCUGCAUCCAAAUCUCUUAACAUAUCCGUCUAUUCCUUCCUCUUGUGUUUGUUUAUCCAGCUUUCAUUAAAUAGCCUUCAUAUAUUAACCGGAUCUGCCCUUGUGAUAGUGAAUUCCAGAUUUCUAAAACUCAUGAUGCAUGGCAGCAUAUUUCAUUUGUAACUAUCAUAAUUAUGGACUGUAGUUUCACAAUCUACAAUGUCUAUCUUUUUAAACGUUCUAAUUAUUUAAAGGUCGUAUUGCCUUCAAGAGAUUCAAGUCUUUACCAUCAUAUGCAUCAGAUGUGAACUGGAACAAUGAAAUUCUUAUUUUACACUCCAUGAAUCACCAUCCUUCUAAUCAAGAUUUGAUAUGUUGACAUAAUUGCUUUUUAAAUAUCUCUCCAUAAAUGAACUGCAGAGUCUUGUUUGCCUUUUAUAUCCUGAUUAACUUGUCUCAAUUACAUUUGUGUUCCACAAGUUAAUUAAUUUUUAGUUUAGUUUAGAGAGACAGCGCAGAAACAGGUACAUGGAUAGGACAGGUUUGGAGGGACAUAGACCAAGUACCGGCAAGUGGGACUAGUGUAGCUGGGACAUGUUGGCCGGUGUGGACAGGUUGGGCCAAAGGGCCUGUUUCCACACUGUAUCACACUAUGAACCUAAGGAGACAGGGUGGUGAAGGUUUUUGGCACAUUGGCUUCUCAGUCAGGGGACUGCUUAUACACAUUAGGAUAAUAUGUUACAUCUGUACAAGACGUUGACGAGGAUUCACACUGUAUAGAUGGCAUUUUGGUCAGCAUGGAUUAUUUUGCCCGAAUGGCCUGUUUCUGUGCUGUGUAACUCUUUGACUCGAAAAUACACGAGUGACAAUGAACAAUUUUAAUGGUGGAAUAAAACUGGAUUGUUUCCAUAGAACAGAGUAGACUAAUGAAGUGAAAGUUUAAUAGUUUUUAUAGCAUUCAAAAAAUUGAGACCGCUGCAGGGAGAGUUGGUAAACAGAUUGAAAAUAAUUGGAGAACAAUAAAAGAUUGAUUCAAACCACAGAGGCCCAUCAGCUAUUCAUUUCCUUACGUUUAUUACAUAGAAACAUAGAAAAUAGGUGCAGGAGGAGGCCAUUCGGCCCUUCGAGCCAGCACCGCCAUUCAUUGUGAUCAUGGCUGAACGUCCCCUAUCAAUAACCCGUGCCUGCCUUCUCCCCAAAACCCUUGACUCCACUAGCCCCUAGUGCUCUAUCUCCCCUUCUCCCCAUAUCCCUUGACUCCACUAGCCCCUAGAGCUCUAUUCUGUUCUUUACAAAAAGUUACAAUUGAAUUGAAUUACAAUUGCUCUUUAAUACAAUAUGUUCUAUUAAACCAAACACUUGCGGCAUGGUGGCACAGCUGUAUAGUUGCUGCUUUACAGCUUUUGCAGUGUCAAGUCCGGGGUUCGAUCCCGACCACGGGUGCCGUCUGUACAGAGUUUGUACGCUAUCCCUGUGAACGCGUGGAUUUUCUCCGAGAUCUUCGGUUUCCUCCCACGCGGUCCCUCGUGUAUAGGAUAGUGUUAAUGUGCAGGGGAUCACUGGUCAGUAGGGGCUCGGUGGGCCGAAGGGCCUGUUUCCACGCUGUAUCUCUAAACUAAACUGAACUAAACUAAACUUCUCAGUCUGCUCGCCCCAUCACAGGAAAGAUGUGGAGUUUUUGGAAAGGGUGCAGAGGAGAUCUCCCAGAAUGAGGCCUGGAUUAUGGUGCUAGCUACAGGGAGAGGAUGGACAAACUCAGAUUGUUUUCUCUAGAAUGCCGGAGGUUUGGUGGAGACCUGAUAGAAUUAUACAAACUUAUGAAAGCCAUAGAUAGGGUAGACAGUCAAAACCUUUUCCACGGAAUGGAAAUAGCAGCAUUAAGGAGAGAGGGGUAACAUUUAAAGGAGGUGUGCGGGCCAUGUUUUUUUUAUACACAGGGUUGCCCGGUGAGUGCCUGGAAUGUGCUGCCAUGGGUGGUGUUGAAAGCAGAUAAAAUAGUGGCAUUUUGGGAGAUUUUUGGAUAGACACAUGGAUAUGGGGAGAAGGGAGGAGAAUAUGGUUGGGAGGGAGAGACAAAUCAGCCAUGAUUGAAUGGCAGAGUAAACUUGAUGGGCCGAAUAGCCUGAUUUUGCUCCUUUCGCAUAAUCUUAUGAUCUUAUGAAUGGAAGAAUGGGUUACAUGCAGGAAGGUAAAGUGGGUCUUGGCAUCUGGUUCGGCACAGACUUUGUGGGGCAAAGGGCCUGUUCCUGCACGUACUGUACAAUGUUCUCAUCUCUGGAGAGAAUUUAAGAUAUUAUAUGGGUGGCACAGUGGCACAGUGGUAGAGUUGCUGCCUCACAGCGCAUGCAGCGCUGAAGACCAGGGUUCGAUCCCGACUACGGGUGUUUAUCUAUAUGGAGUUUGUACGUUCUCCCCGUGGAUUUUCUCUGAGAUCUUUGGUUUCCUCCC